CCGCUAAGGACGUACGCAGCACAGCAAGAGACACUCUCCAGCGACACUCAUUUGAAAACCGACCGCAGCAAGCAAGCCGACCCGUCAGGAGACCAUGCAGUACGUCGCCGACACGGCCCUGGCCAACCACGGCGCCGACGACGGCAGCGAGGCGCCGCGGCCGUCGCCCUCGAACACGGGCGACGAAGAAUCAUUGUACGUCGUCGAGCUACCGACCAAGACCGUGGAGGAGUCCCUGGGCCAGGCCGUGGGUUUAGGGUUGCGGAAGGACCCCGACCAGGAGACCGUAUCUGGUUUACACGCCGCGUGCGGCCAGGCGACGACGUUUCUCCAGGGGCCCUGCUCGUCCAAAGACGAUGAAGAAGAAACAACGUGCCCCCAGAAGUGCGAAAAGGCGGCGAGGCACGCCCUGCCUAUCCUGGGCUGGCUACCGAGAACUUCCAAGGAAGGGUUCAAGGCCGAUUUAAUUGCGGGCCUGACGGUCGGCGUCAUGGUCAUCCCCCAGUCCAUGUCCUACGCGUCUAUUGCCGGCCUAGAUUUGGUGUAUGGCUUGUACGCGUCCUUCGUCCCGACCGUGGUCUACGCGUUCUUUGGGACCUCUGGGCAAUUAGCCGUGGGUCCCGUCGCGCUCGUGUCAUUGUUAGUAGAAGCUGGGUUGUCAGACGCUUUGACCAAGGGCGAGUGCCCGGAAUACUACGAAGACGACGAUCCAGCAAGACGCAUGUUGGGGGCGUCCGACGAUUCUCUGGCGGGGACGUGCCCGGACGCGUACGCCAAUUUAGUUUUUGUGGCCAUGUUCUUUGUCGGAAUCAUCCAGUUCGGCGCCGCGAUCUGCCGCCUAGGCUUCCUCAUCAACUUCCUGGGCCACCCGGUCAUUUCCGGUUUUACGUCUGGUGCAGCCAUCACGAUCGGCCUCUCGCAGUUCAAGUUCUGGCUCGGGAUCAGCAUACCGAAGUCCCAGUACUGCCACGAGACCAUCAAGGCCAUCUGCACGAAAGUUCUUAGAGGAAAAGCCCACUGGAUGCCGUUUCUGUUGGGUGUCAUCACGUAUUACAUGCUCAAGGGUGUCAAAGAACUCGCGACAAAAAAACCGAAGACCUUCGGCUGGAUGAAGCCCCUCGGUCCUUUGAUCAUCUGUACUUUAUCUUUGGUGAUGAUGAUCAUCCCAGGAUUAGGUGAUACGCUGCGAGACGACUACGGCGUGCAGACCAUUGGAUUAGUGCCUUCUGGAUUACCCCCUUUCACCCUACCUCGCGUUUUGAGGGACGUCCCGUCGAAGGCCUCUACCGUCUUACCGACGGCCAUAUCUGCCGCAUUAAUUGGCUUCAUGGAGUCGAUCGCGAUCGGCAAAUCCAUCGCGGCGAAGCACGGCGAGGAGCUUUCGGCGGGGAAGGAGCUCGGGGCCAUUGGGCUGGCGAACCUGAUCGGUAGCUUCGCGGCGGGCUACCCCGUGGCCGGCUCCUUUUCUCGUUCAGCUGUGGCCAAUUCGACGGGCGCGAAGACGCCGUUAGCUGGUUUGGUGACGGGGUUGUUCGUCAUGCUCGCGUUGGUCAUCCUGCCGAGCUUCAUCCGCAAGCUGCCGAAGUUCGUCUUAGCGACCAUAGUGAUAUCAUCAGUGGUGAACUUAGUUGCGAUCGGAGAAGCGAAGCACCUCUGGAAGGUGAGGAAGCUGGAUUUCAUGCUGUGGGUCAUCGCGUUUUUGGGUACCUUGUUUGCUGGCGUACUCUAUGGUUUGAUAAUCGCCGUCGGCAUGUCGCUGAUCGUCGUACUCUACGAAUCCGUAAGACCGCAGAUCAGUGUGCUGUGGAAGCUGCCCGGCACGGCCAUCUACCGAAACGUGAAGCAGGGCGAGUCCCCCGGCCAGUUCGUCAAGGGCGUGCUCGUCGUGAGGGUGGGUGCUUCGAUGUACUUUGCCAAUGUUGCGUACAUCAAGGACACCAUAAUAGAGUUAUGUCGGCAAGUGGAGGAUACGAAGUACGUGGUCGUCGAGAUGACUCCGGUCACUUCGGUGGAUUCGACGGCCUUGCACAUGUUGGAAGAUUUGUUCGCAGAUAUGAGAAGAAAAGGCGUCGAGGUGUGUCUCGCGUCGAUCGGUUCUAGGGUCGAGGAAACUUUAAGAUUAGCCGGAGUACAAAGGAAGUGCGGCUACGAGUGGUUUCACGACAACGUGGCCCACGCCGUCGAGUUCUGCAUCCGGCACGCGGCGGCGCACAAGGCCGUCGUCGGUAGGUUGGAGGCCGACUCGCUCGACAUGACGGAGACACCUUCACAGGGUACGUUACGGAUGCGCCGCGCGUCGAACGCGUCUUCGGAUAACCUGGAGAAGGAGGACAAGAAGUCCGUGCUGGUCAUGGCGGCCAAGCAUAGGGUCGUCGAGCGGGGCAAGAAGCACCGCGGCUCGACGGCGGCGGAGGCCAAGGCCCUGGCCGCGCUGGCCGACGCCGACGAGGAGGAGUCGAAGAGCGAUCCCUCCGCCGUGAAGCCGCCUCCGGCACCCUCGCCGCCCGCGACGCCGGCGCACAAGCGCGACACGGUGCGCGCGCUGCGGUCGAUAAUACAACAGAACGGCGGCGCGUCGUCCGGCGCGAACCCCGUCGCCGACGAGCCCGAGGCGCCGGCGCCGCCGACCAUCGUCUGCGUCGCCGACGACGACGCGCUCGACCAGAUCCUCCUCGUGGCCUGCGACGUCGGCGACCGGCCGGGCGUGCUCCGCGACAUCUCGGACGUGCUCGCCUCGCGGCUCUCGCUGCAACUGCGGUACAACGAGGCGGCCGUCGUCGGCCGGCGCUCGAUCUCGUUCUGGAAGUGCGAGGUGCCCGCGCGCGGCGCGUCGGAGGUCGCCGCGGCGGCGGCCAAGGCCGAGAAGCUCAUCCCGGCCGCGCUCUAGGAGCUGUUUAUCCCCUUUCCCCCGAACCCCGGCCGCCUCGACGAGUGUAACGCGGCG